AAGCGUCGUUUUGCUAACGCAACAGCCACAGCUGAGCUGAGGAUUCUGUCCACCUUUUCUUGGUAGCACGCGACGCCACAUGUUCGAUAAAAUGUCUCAACAAUAAAAUAGGUUCUAUCUUAGAAAUACUUGAAAAUUUCAGAAACGACCAUGAUGCUCUACAAUCUUUAUGACGGCUUUAAGGAAAUUCUCAAGAUUCAAAAGUUCCGUAGAGUUGUGUCCUACACUGGAUUCUAUUGCUUUGUUGCUGUUUUGAGCUACGCUUAUACAAGCAACACAACUAGAGCUGGGUAUUCAAGGGCUGAUCAAUUCUAUGCUUCUUAUCCUGCUGGAACUGAGCUUUUAACUGACACUGCUAAGUUAUAUAAAGCAGCAUUAGGCAAUUGCUUUGAGUCCGAAGAGUGGGGUCCGAUUGAGUUCUGUAUCAUGGCUAAACACUUCGAGCGUCAAGGCAAAUCGCCAUAUGCCUAUCAUGCGCAAUACAUGGCACACCUCCUUUCCCAUGGUCAACUUGAUGGAAGUGGCUAGAACCUAGAAGCGGUAAAAUUCACUGCUAGAUGAAUGGAAACGCAUGUGCAAUACACGUGAAAUGGACUCAUGGUGGUACUUAUACCAAUGAGGAGAACCGAAAUCAUAUUGUCUGUGAUGCCUAGUGAUUUCCUGUUCAACAUAAGAACUUGUGCUGACACCUUAAAUUAAGUGCCAUUGCACUUAAUCUUGGUUCCUUGGGAUUUUGGUUGGCUUUGUUUAGACUUUAGAGGCUAUAAUUUGUAGCAUUUGGGAAUUUGACUUUCCAGGCUUUGCCGUCAAUGCCUACAUCAGCAGCCUAUAUUCUAACGC